AUGUCUUACGCCGAAAUUCUCGUUCCAAGUGUCCGCAACCUUUUCGCUGCUUUAGGUGUCGCCAUCGCAUGCUUCUUCAUAUGGAUCAUCAAGGCCAUCUUUUUCCCACCACCACCUCCUAAGCUUGACUUUCCAGUGGCCUCGAUCAUUCCGGGAAACCUCACAGACUCGAUCUUGGCAGCGAGAAAACAAUGGCCGACAGAACCUUUUGUUUUACCCAUGAAACCCCAAUCCUGGGUCAUGCUUCCGCAUUCUAUGAUGACGGAAAUUAAGUCGCAGCCAGAAGAAAAGGUCUCUUUCAAGAAGAUGUCUUAUGAGAGAUUUCUGGGUGAUUAUACAGGGCUUGGGCAAUCGAAAUCGCCUGCUGCUAUUAAUGCCAUCAAGAUUGAUCUGACAAGAAGCGUGAAAAAGAUCCUUCAAGAUCUCCAGGAUGAAGCUGAAUACUCUUUCAACAAGGAGAUCGGGGUACUACCUACCUGGACCUCGCUUCCAGUCUACAUGACAUUCAUCAAUAUUGUCGCUGCCUGCAGUGGCCGUGCCUUCGUCGGUCUCCCCCUUUGUAGGGACAAAGAAUGGCGCGACGCAACAAUAAACUUCACCUACGAUACUCUGGGCUCCGUCCACGCUAUGAAAAAAUACAACAAAGCACUCUGGCCCUUCGUCGCUCGUUUUGUACCAGAGCUCCGCAAGCUAAAAUCCUAUCGCGAGUUUGCCGCCCGCAAACUCGACCCCCAGAUCCAAACCAUUAUUCGAAGUUACAAGGACAAAAGUAUGGGUCUAAAAAGCGACGAGGCAAACGCCGACAUGGAAGCUAUCAAGCAUAACUACAACCUCGUACACUGGACCAUCGGCCAACACGAUCACCCCGAAUUAGCUGAUGCUGCUGAAGUUGGCCAGAUGCAGAUGACAGCCGCGUUUGCGGCCCUCUCGCCCAUCGGAAUGUCCAUAUCAUACGCCAUCUUCGAUCUCGCGUCUCACCCCGAAUAUGCCGACGAGCUGCGCAAAGAGAUCAACGACGUCCUAGCCCAAGAGAAGCCCGAGAACGGCCAGCUCCAGAAAAGCAGUUUGCCCAAACUCAGAAAGCUGGAUAGUUUCAUGAAGGAAAGCCAACGGCUGAACCCCCCAUUCAUCACAACUAACACCCGUGUCGUCACGGCGCCCGACGGUCUUACGCUGUCAUCCGGCCACACCAUUCCCCAGAACGUCAUCAUCGCCUUUGGAAACCCUUUCCUGCCAAACUCAGAAGUCCAAUACCCGCCUCUCACAUCGCCGUCCCAGCCGCCGCUCAGCAACUUCUAUCCGUGGCGUUACAGCGAUCUGCGACAGAUCCCUGGGGAGGAAAACGCGCAUCAGUUCGUGACGGCUGAUGCCAAUAAUCCAUCGUUCGGAUACGGACGCCAUGCGUGUCCUGGACGCUUUUUCGCGAGCAAUGAGAUCAAGGUGUUGAUUGUGGAGUUGCUGAGAAGAUAUGAUGUAGCACUUGGACCGGAUGGAGAGGGGGUGAAGGAGGGCUUUGAGAGACCGAAGACGUUGGAAAUGGGGUUUGCGUAUGCUGCUAAUCCGAAGGCGAAGGUGUAUUUUCGGAGCAGGGUGUAG